CCCCCACUGUGUUUUGCUAAGAAUAGCGGCCCGAGUCCUUGGAGAUGCGACGCAAUUGCCGGCGCGCCGCUGUCGGGCGCUCGCCGACCAGUUCGAAUCCCUGCCGCGUUUCCAUCAAGUGGAGAGAAGCAGACCCGGGCGGGGCGUGAAACGGGCGGCCGAUGUGAUGGUAAGCUUGUCUCCCUCGUCUCUUGUCCAUCACAGAGCACACAACGCAAGAUGAGCAAUGCUACAACAUCCGCACCGCCAACGGCGCCGGAGAAGACGACGACAAAAGCCUGGAGGAUCCAUCGCAAGGGCCCGGUGCUGGACAAUAUCCGCUUGGAGGAAGAGGUGCCUGUCCCACCGCUCAAGCCUGGUCAUGCACUCGUCGAAAUCCACAGCGUCGGUCUCAAUCCGUCUGACUGGAAGAUCGCGGAAGUGAUGCCGUCUUUUUGGCAGCCACUUCCACGUACCAUGGGCUCCGACUUCGCAGGCCGCAUCCUAGCAUGGGAGGCGCCCGCAGACAGCAGCAAGAUCAGCUUCGAGCCCGCAGAGGGCUUAGAAGUAUUUGGCUUGUUCCCCAUCCGCGAGAUCUCUAGCAAUGGCAGUCUCUCCCACUACGCCGUAGCCAACAUGGCGCGCAUGACGGCCAAGCCUAGCAACGUACCCUUGGCCACCUCUGGCGGAUUGUCCAUCACCGCAAUGACGGCGCUUAAGCUCGCUCUGCACGUCAAAAAGGGUCAGACAGUGCUGCUACUCGGAUCCACAACGACUGUCGGUCUCCUCCUUGCCGACCUGCUCAAAUCGCCACUCAUCGAGGCCAGCUACGUCUGCGGAACGGCAUCGAGCAGCAAGAUGACCUUUCUCGAACAACGCGACAAGCUUGACGAGACCAUUGACUACCGCGAGCAAGACGUCGAGACCAUCCUCGCAGAGAAGCACUCACUCUCGAGCGAGGCCGCAUUCGAUGUCAUUCUCGAUUGCGUCGGCUCACCACGCACGCUAGAACGCUGCGAGACGUUCCUCAAACCCGCAGGCUCGUACGUCAAUGUGGGCGCUUCGGACGGCGUCUCAGGUCGCUUCAUCUCUUCCAUGCUGCCGCUUGUCAAGGCAGUGCUUAAGACUACGCUACUUCCUCGCUGGCUGGGGGGGAUCAGCCGCAAGUACAUCAACGAGGCGCCUACGUACGAGGCGAGUGACUGGCGGCAGCUCUGCGAGGCACUCGAGAAUGGCUACAUGAGGCCGGUCGUGGACUCCACCUACGCUUUUGACGACGUCAAGGCUGCGUACGAGAAGCUCAUUGGCGGGCGGGUGCUGGGAAAGAUUUUGAUUGACGUCAAAGGAGCAGCUCGCGGCUCCCCAAGCUCUUAGAGACGUAGUCGAGACAGAGUAACAGCAUUGAAACGACGACGAGCCAGCCCGUAGCAGUCUCUGCCACUUUACAAGAGGCCGGUGGCAUUGGGCGCCUUGACGUUCUCCCAGUCCCUGCACCAGACAUGGAAGUCGACCCAAGACUUUCUCGUCGCAACGGCUCGUUUGGCUGAAACUGCGCUCUUCGGGAUG